CUAAAAACAGUUACGCGUUUCUUUUUGUUUCUGGGUUCAGAGAACCCUUAGCAUAUAUGGCCACGAAGCAAAUAAGUCACGAAAACGAUGAAGUCAGAUCCAAAAAACUAUAAUACAAAGACAUUAAAUGCGACAUUUCAAAGCGAUAAUGUCACUCGCCAUUAUAAAUCAUCACGUCAUUAGCCACACAACAAACAUAAAUUAGUAACCAAAAACACCAACGAAAGAAGGAAGAAUCAGAAGAAAAAAAAACAGAGGAUGAAGCAAUAUGUGCUUGUUCACGGUGGCUGCCACGGCGCGUGGUGCUGGUACAAAGUAAAACCGGUGCUGGAAAAUUCCGGCCACCGUGUGACGGUUGUUGAUCUGACGGCGUGUGGUGUGAACAUGAGCAAAGUAGAAGAGAUUCAGACUUUGGAAGAUUACGCUAAGCCGUUGCUCGAGGUUCUUGAGUCGUUUGGCUCAGAGGAUAAAGUAAUCCUCGUCGCGCAUAGUCUCGGAGGAGCAUCGAUUUCCCUUGCAGCCGACAUGUUUCAUCGUAAGAUCUCUGUUGCUGUCUUUGUAACCUCCUUUAUGCCUGACACGACGAAUCCACCUUCGUACAUGUUCGAAAAGUAUAUCGAGAGGCUAUCAAAAGAAGAACAAAUGAUGGAUCUGGAGCUUGGGACUUACGGUACUAGUGAUCAUCCUCGAAUGACUGCUUAUCUUGGACCUAAAUUCUUAAAGACCAUGUAUCAACUCUCUCCUAUCGAAGAUUUUGAGUUAGCCAAAACAUUGGUGAGAGUUGGACCGGCGAUUACCAGUGGUCUGACAGGCACAAAAAGCUUAACCGAGGAAGGGUAUGGAUCGGUUCCUCGUGUGUAUAUUGCAUGUGGAGAAGACAAGGGUUUAAGUGUAGAUUUCCAGCGAUGGAUGAUCGAGAAUUAUCCGGUUAAAGAAGUGAUGGAGAUCAAAGAUGCAGAUCAUAUGCCAAUGUUCUCCAAGCCACUUGAACUCUGUGAUCUUCUACUGAAGAUUGCUGACAAAUAUGCGUAAAUAAGUGUAUGUCUAUGUUAUACUAUGUAUGUUCUCCAAGCCACACGAACUCUGUGAUCGUCUUCUAUAGAUUGCUGAGUAAUAUGCGUAAACAAGUAUAUGUCUAUGUUACUAUGUAUCAUGUAUGUGAAUGAUUAUGGUUCUUGAGAAUGACAAAAAAAAAAAAAAAAAAACUCAACGAUGACAUUGUCAAAAUCAAGAGAGGCUACGGCUUUAAAUUGGAGGAAAAAAUUAUGUAGUAAA